CUCUCACACACGCCAUAGCGUAGAGGAGAGAAAGAGAGAGAGGAGGUCUGGUCUUACCUCUGCCUCCAUAUCCACCAAGUCUCCACCACUCAAGUCAGAGGGGAGGAAAUCACAAGAGGCCGUGUGCGCUGCUGCUCCUCCUCGGUCUUCGCGUGGUUUUGCGGGGAUUUGACCGUGCCGACGCGUGACGGAUGUGCCGACAAAAGCGCCUGCCCUGAAGUUGGAUACCUUAAACUGAGCGAAAGGUUUACUCCUACCUAGUACCUUAAAGAGGAGCGCGGAGACGAGAACGCGAGCCCCGUGUUUUGCUGCGUUCGGAGCACCAUGAAGCUCCCGUGCUGGAUGGCGCUUGCGCUGCUGCUGCUGGCGCAGACUGCACUGGCACAGCAUCGCAUAUCUCGAACAAACGAUGAUGAGAGUUCUGGAGAUGUAUUUUACGAUGAUGAGGACUUAUUCUCUGGAUCCGGCUCUGGCUUUCCAUAUAUGGAUGUUAGACCAACUGCAGCAGAUGUGACGGUCACUACAGAAGAGACCCUCCCACUUUCUACCACACAGGCCACUGGCCCCGCCCCCUCAGCCUCCCCCGCCGCAGAGCCAAGUAGCCCACCUCCACCUGAGGUAGAACGUGAGAGUGGCUUGGGACAAGACAGCAAAUUGGAGAUGGAGAUUGAGAAAAAGUUCGAGGAGCUUGAGGAAGAGGAAAUGAGACGGUUGAAAGAACAGGAUAGAGAAUGGGAAUCUGAGGUCGUAAAAAGGUUGAAUGCUGAUAAAGUGCAAGAUAGAGAACAGGAACAAGAGAGGUCGAAAGCUACUGUUGCUCCCCGGCUGACUGAUGUUCCUGUUGUGUUCGUGGACUCAUCCGCCACUCUGGGUGAGACUACAGUGGCCACUAGUGACCCGGAGGACCUCGGCACCACAGAAGAAGAGGAGGAUCUAUACAUUACUACAGAAACUAUCAUGUUAGAGCCAUCUAGCACACCGGAGACAACAGUAGAUGACAUCACAACCACUGAGGUCAUCCCCACCACCGCUGAGUCCACCACUGCUAAGCCAACCAGACCACGUCCUGCCCCGACCACUCCGAGCACUGCCCCUGUGCGCCCCCGGAAACCACACACUACCCCCAGUAGAGCCGCCCCCACUGAGAGCAGCACUCGUUCAGUGAUGACCACAACACAGACACAAACACCAGAUGAAACUGUAAAUAAUGAAGUUGCAGGACCAGGUCCAACUGGUGAUUUUGAAAUCCGCGAGAAUGAAGGUCGCCAAGGCAACGAGGUCGGGAGAGGCAGAGGGGCGACUGGCGUGGCAGGAGAACCAGAUCUGAAUGGUAACACAGUAGAUGCUGCUGGAAGCUCAGCCGCUCAACUUCCACAGAAGAACAUCCUUGAAAGGAAGGAAGUCUUGAUAGCGGUGAUUGUCGGAGGUGUAGUCGGAGCACUCUUUGCAGCAUUCCUCGUAAUGUUACUCGUCUACCGGAUGAAAAAGAAAGAUGAAGGCAGCUACACAUUGGAGGAGCCUAAACAAGCCACCGUCACCUACCAGAAACCAGACAAGCAGGAAGAAUUCUACGCCUAACAUCCAUUCGUACAACCUCCUUCAUCUCUCCAACCUUGUCCCGUCUCUAUCUGACCCCCCCCCCCUUUCUUUUGAUAUCACCCCUUUUCCUUAGAUCCCUUUCUUCCCUCGUUUCCCCAUGAGAGUGCCUCUCAUUCCACGGACUUGGAACUUUCUUUUCCAAAAAUAAAAAAAAUAAACUGAAAAAGAUCAAUGUAGAAAAAAAUGGAAUAUGUUGUGGGUGGGGCCAGAGAGGGUGGGACAUGAGUCUACAUGUACACAGAGAAGAUAAAACUUUUUUAAGAACAUGUUAUUAUUGAUAUGUUUAGGAUUGUUGUUCUAUGAAAUUAUGACCUGAAUCUUUUUUUGUAAAGACACUGCGUUUCAAAUGUGUUUAAUGCACAACAUUAAGAGGUCAAAAAAAGAAAAAACAGCAUGAAAAAAUGAGGGAGAGGGAAAGAACAGAGUUGGGGGCAUGGAGGGAUUGUGAAAGUCAGGUGAGAGGGAGAAAAAGGAGCAGAAAUAAGAGCUGCAUGGCAGAAGUAGAGGGGGAAUUUGGAGUCCGUUCUCAAAAUGCUCUUCUGUCACCAAGGUCAGUGAUCCAACGUUGUGUGGUGCCUUCCAUUUCCCUGGUGCUAGAAACAGAGCUUGAGCAGAGCGAGUGUGUGUGUGUGUGCUUGUGCAUAUGUGUGCGAUUGAAUGUCUGAGGUGCCCUUGUGACCCCAGCCUAGACUCACACACACGCACAGGUGCACACACUCGGCCCGACUCCCUCUGCUGGUGAGAGCAUGUGUCAGCACGAUGGUACCAUCCGAUUGGAGCAGGGAGCCCGAAACAUGUACACAGCACAAAAACACUGAAGAUUUGCUGUGAGGGAGCGCAUGCAUAGAAUCAGAGGACUAGCCUCUCCUCUGCUCUGUAUAAAGACUUUAGUAAUCAUUAGUAAUAAUCAAUUAUAUAUCAGCAGCUCUGAAUGGAAGGAAAAUGAUGAUCAUAAUAUUCGUAGUGAAGGAUAUUAUCUAUUUAGCUGUGCAGUAAGGUUUUAUCAGUGUAAAUAUCAACACAACUCUUUAUUUUUGUCAAGCUUUUAACCAUGCUACUGUAGUAAAAAUUAAACUCUCAGACACAUAUGCUAUCGAUAUCAAAUUAUUUGUCAGUUUAACCUGGAGAAAUGAUGAAACCUUUGCUCAGGUUUAGCAUUUUACCGGUAGUUAGUCAAGCGUCUGGUUUUUGUUGUGAAAGCACAAGGUUAGUCUCUUAUGGCCACAUUUACUCGCAUACAUGCCACACAACAACCCUGAUGGACGGUCAUGCUCAAGACGGAUGUUGUAGGAAUGUGUUGAUGAGGAACUUUUGGGACAUUAUUGCUGUGGGUGUGUGAACAUAAACUUAAUGGUUUGGGAGAAAAAUAGCUUGUUUAACAUAAAGAUAUCUGAGCUGAAAGCCUUUAAGUAGUGCGAUUUCAGUGAUGGUCAAAAUUAGUGUCAAUCUUUCCUCUGUUAUUUUGUUUUAUUGGAUGUUUAUAUGUCGGGAUACAUUUAAUUCAUAAAAUCAAAAUGACUAGAAAUGCAUGAAUUAGCAAUAACAAACUAUCAACGACAGACUCUGUGGUUGACAUGCUCAGAAUGUAUGUGACAUGUCAUGUGGUGUGAUGUCAGUGUUACUCGCAGCCGUAGCACAAGAUGUUAGCAAACCGCUAAAAUGAAAACAACUUGUCUUAAACACAUAUCAUUUUAAAUAUCUGAACAUGUAAAUGUACUAUAUCGAAUCUGGGACGGCUUGUGCACAGUAUCAGCACUCCGUCCCCAAAAUUUCCUUUUUAUAUCCACAGUACUACCCACUCCCAUUUAUAAACAUAUCACUGAGGGUAAAGCUGCCAUAACACUGAAACGUGACAUCAGCUAAAGCUUCCUGGUAUAUCACAAAUCAUGCGUUUAGAAUGCAUGGUGAUGAUUUUCAAGAAUAUUCGACUGAAUGCGUGUACUAGAGCACAUUCAAGACGCCACACUGCUCUCUAUGGAAUAUUUUAGGCAGGUGGGGGAAUCUUGAGACCCAUACGGGGUGGUUGUACUUCAGUCUAAGAUUGUAAUGUCACACCUGUGCAUCAGUACCUGUAGCUUGAAUAUUGUACUCUGUAUGAUCAUGUCCUGACAGUGUGCGUGAGUAUGUAUGUUUGAAAAUUGGCUUGUUUUAAUGCAUCUGUAAAUGUGUUUCACUCCCCGAUAGUUCUUCCGUUGUGGGGACAUAUUCUCUUCUCCCUGCACUUAAAUUGCUAUGUGACACUGACAAUUGCACAAACACACAAAACGUUACAUAGCCUCACAGCCUCGGCCUUGUAAAUAGGACCUAGAGUGAUUUCUGACCCAUCACAGCACACUUUUAAUUAAAUGACUAUAGUAAGGGCCAGUCUCCUGGACACUGAGUAAAAGUUACAGACUGAUAAUCGGUUUGAACAAUAUGUAUUUUUUUUUUUUUUUUACUGAUUUUCACAUUUUCUACUUGGUUGUCUGUUCUUUAAUAUUCAGUCUGCUGAAUAAGUUCACCAUCUAGUAGAUAUCUAAAGAAUAGCAACAAUGCCAUUACACCACUAUAUGUUCACAUGUAAAAUAAAGACUUGUAAAUGUUUGCGUAUUUAUGCCACUUUUUACAUAAAAGAAUGAGAAACAUGAAGCAUUUUAAGUUUGAGACUUAGACGUAGACCAAAACAAAGAUGACAUUUCAUUUGCGACUGAUCUCAAAACAAUUAAACAUAACAAAAAUAAAUAUAUUGCAAAAAAAUAUGCAAUUAUUAGUAUUUAUAAUUAUUGCGAAAAUUAUAAUGCAUGUUUUAAUGUAAUUAUUUUGUCAAAAAACAUAAAUGUCAUUAAAAAGCGAAAUAGAAAAAACAUAUCUAUUAGUUCAGGAUUUGUCUUCAGUUGUGUCUAAGAGACUGGCUUUAACAAUCAAUAGCCUACUCACAAAACCUCAGCAAGCAUUAGUGUCUAAUUGGAAUAUUGACUUAAUAUUAAUCAAUUGCUUACAUGCUAAACAUAUAGUUGGAAGCCUACAAUUAGUAUGUGAAAUUCAGGUAUUAAGACAUGAUGAUUGUUUAACUUUUUUUGUACAAAUAAAAAAGCUGCUGGAGGUUUAAUAUUUUGAGCAUUCACAGCUUUCACCCCACCAUUCCUACAAUCUAAUCUUGUUAGCAACACAUUCACGUGUCCUGGUGAAGCCCCCACCUCCCAACAACGAACAUGCACCUGUCCCUUCGGGAACGUCUGGAGGUCACUGUGUGUUAACGUUAUGGACAUCAGUGGAACUUUGAGUUUGCAUUGCUGUCUUUUCUACGCAUUUUUACCUGUAACCUGUCACUCUUUCUAUUCAUAGCCAAAUAUGAGGCGGGCCUUCCUGUGUCUGUGUGCCAAUCACAGACCAGCAUGGUCCUGGUCUGAUGGUCGCCCAGCGUGGUUUUAUACAUGCACAUUUUUUUUAAAGAACUUUUCUUUGUUUUUAAUUUUUUUUCCUCAUUGGUUGAUUUGUGUAUAAAGAGGCAAAGUUCUGUCACUAAUAUGCCACUCUAUUCUAAAUAAAACCUGAUUGGUUA